AUGUCUGAGAAAAUGAUGCCAGCCAGAAAAGAAACACAAAGCAAUAAUCAAUCCCAGACUAGACCAGAUUCAAUAAGUGCAUUCACAAAUUUCAAUCAGCCUAGAUUUUCUACUGACCCCUCCGUUUCAACAUUUUUAAACAUAGCUGAAAAUCAAAACAGUAUAAAUCAGAAUAAUGGAGAUUCUACCGUUACCACUAAUCCAAAUACUUUUAUGAUGCUGUCAGAAAAUGGACAAAUACCUCAACAAGGUAAUUUACCAGAUCCAACUCAGAACACUGAUAAAAACUUUCCAGAUCUAGCUCAAUUAUCAAGAGGUUUUUCUAUUGUAAACAAUAUAUGGUCCCAGCAACCACAGACUUCCUCUCAACAAUCGCAGCCUUCUAAUCAACAACAGUAUAUCUCAUCAGUACAAAAUAGAAACGGUAGCAAUAAUCAUGUUGUUUUCGAUCCAGUGGAUGAUUCUUCCCUUCAAAAGAAUAAACGAUUCUCAUUUUCUUUGAAUAAAUUAAAUCAAUAUCAAUUUGCACCAAGAAAUGAUUCCUUGUCGAACCCAUUAUACAGUUCAAAGAGAAAUUCUUUACUUUAUACUCCAAAUGAAGUUGGAGAAUUUGACUUCUUAAACAUCUCAUCAAUACCAACAAGUAAACGUGGAUCCGUGCUUGGCAGCAACAUGAAACCACCCUCAUUGCUACCGCCAACUAGUCAUAGCAAUAAUAAUAAUAAGAACAGCACUACCUCCCAUAAUAACAGUUUCUCAAACGUUGAAUUAGAAACUUUAUUUAACAAUCGAAAUUCAAGGAAAAAUUCUCUUAAAUUUAUUACCGAUGAUUUCGAUUUUCAGAAUAAAAGACGUAAUUCCUCACUAAGGGCCUUGAUUGACCCUUCAGCAACUUAUACCAACUCACAACCUCAUUCAGGUUUCCCUCAAACUUUAUCUAGACUUUCUUCUUACAUAGGACACAGUGAUCAGAAUGACAAAAAAAUUGAUACAAUUACGGAAGAAGUAAUAUCAAAUCCAUCUCUCCCUAAAGAAGAAUCUACCGAUGAGCCACUUUUAAAUGAAGAUAUCUUUGACAAAAGGCAAACACCAAAGAAAACCAAAACAAAGAGAAGAUCAAAAGGUAGCGAGAAAACAGAGGCAAAAAAGAGAAAGAAAUCGGAUGAAAAAUCACCUGUAAGAUCCUCAUCAUUCGAUGAUAUUAGAAAGAAAAUUAAUGAACAUUCUCACGCAGAGAUUCCCGAAGAAUUCCCACAUGACGAAAGUGUCGAAAAUAGGACUAGAGCGCUGCUGGGUGUUACAAAGAUCGAUCAAUUAAUGUUAAUGAUCGAGGCCCGUAAGAAGGGUAUAACGGAGAAGGUUGAAACCACAAAGGAUGGUCAGCUUCUUAUCGACAAGGAUUCUGAAAUUUUACCACCAUCAAAUGAAAUUGUUGGUGGUGUUGAGAAACCUUUUGGUUCUCAUGGUGUAAAACAACAUGAAUGUCGCUACUGUCAUAGAUUUUUCACUCAAUUGACACAUUUAGAAGUCCAUAUUAGAUCACAUAUAGGUAUCAAACCUUACCAAUGCCAAUAUUGCGGCAAAAAAUUUACUCAAGGUGGUAAUUUAAGAACGCAUGAAAGAUUACACACUGGUGAAAAGCCUUAUCAAUGUGAGCUUUGUGGGAAAAGAUUCUCUAGAAAAGGUAAUUUAGCUGCUCAUGUAUUGACGCACAAAAAGAUUAAACCAUUUAUUUGUAAGCUAGAUAACUGUAAUAAGUCCUUUACCCAACUAGGUAAUAUGAAAGGGCACCAAAAUAAGUUCCAUCUAGAAACAUUGACAAGAUUGACGGCAAGAUUAGCUCAGCUUGAUCCAAAGGAAAAUAUUUCCACCGAGGAAAGAGAAAUGCUGGAGUACUUUGCAUCCUUAUAUAAAAAUUCGAACAAAGGUAUUAAAGGUAGAGGUAGAGGCUCCAAUUCGCCAAGUGACCAUCCUGGUUCCUUCAAGAUGUAUCCUAAUGAAAUGAAUCCACAACAGUUUCAGGAUCAGAUGUUACAGAUGCAACUCCAAAUGAAUGAGCAGUCACAACAAACAGAGGGGCAGAACCAGAGCUUUUCAGCAAAUAACACUAGCCCCAAUGCCAAUGCUGCCAACAAUGAUAUGCUAGAUCAAAGCCCCGUUCGGUUUAAAACUGUAAACUACAAGAGUUAA